AUGCAAGCAUCGUCGGCUGGGCUCGACGUGCAGCUGAAGAUCUUGCAAGCCUUGCCAUCCUUGUUGCAGAACUACUCCGCGGACUUGAAUGGCGAUCUUCUUGUGACUGCUCUGAAUAUCUGCUUCAUCCUGCAAAGUAGCAAGAAUGCCAUUGUGAAUAAUACCUCAGCCGCGACGCUCCAGCAGCUCGUCGUGUCUGUCUUUGACAAAGUAGUGGCUGAAGACAAAACUGGCGGUGAUGCCCCUAUCGCAGGCGAGGCGCCCUCUGCCGAUGGCAAGGUAGAACUCCGCGCGGCCGCACUGGAUGCCUAUCGUAUAUUCAACGAUCUAUGUCUCUUGACGGAGAACCAGCGGUCCGAGUUCUUGCGGUUCUCGGGCUUACAGCAGACAUUUGGGCUAGAGUUGAUCGAAUCGGUCAUUACCAACCACGCCGCCGUCUUCAUCACCCAUCCUGAACAGGUGCACAUUCUUCGCGAACGCGUGAUGCCUCUUCUGAUGAGUGCACUCAGGGGAAAGCCAUCGUUCGCCACAACCGUGAGGCUCGUUCGCAUCCUUUAUACCUUGUUGCGCCGUCACAUCACCGUCUUGCCUACAGAGUGCGGCGAUGCGCUGUCGCUCCUUACAACCCUCCUGGAUCAGGACACCACAAUCUGGAAGCGGGCGUUAUGCAUGGAGGUGUUCCGUGGCAUAUUCGCCGAGCAUGCUCUCGUGCGUCGCAUAUUUGCCAUGUACGACGCAAAGGAGGGCGACAAGGACAUCAUUAAGACUCUCAUUGCGACUUUUGUCCGGCUCAGCACCGAGAAACCGGCAGUCAUCGGCCUUGGCCAUCAAUCCACGAUGCCAGUCGCUGAUCCAUCUGGCAGCUCCAACUUAUCCACAGAUCAAGCAUUGAUCGAAGCCACUAGUGUGACUGGAAUCAUCGGCGGCUCUGUUGGCUCAGAGGUCGCCAACAUAGGCAUCAGUGUAGCGUGGAGCUCUGUUAGAGUUCCCUGCAUAGAUCAGCUGGAUAAAGCGGAGGCUCCGACAAUUCCCGAAUCAUACAUCUACAGUUUGAUUCUGGCUUGUCUCUCAUCUCUAUCAGAUGGGCUUGCCAAGUUCAUUCUACCGCUCACGGUCCCUAACGAGAGCCGGGCUCGGAGAAAGGCCUCAAAGCAGGACAUGGGGCGUAGCUCGCCUGCUCCCGCCCAGCUGGAAGCUGAAGGCUCAUCUCAGGGUCCGCGAGAACGGUCGGCCUCGUUCAAGAAGAACCCGGUGCCCAUCAAUCCGCUGGACCUCGAAGACCACCCUGCUUAUUCGGAGGUGAGGAUCUGUUCUGACAUUGUCACCGAGUGUUGGCCUGCUAUCCUAGCCACCUGCUCAACCUUUCUUUAUGCCUCUCUGGACUCAGAGUAUUACCAUGGCUUGGUUCGGGCAUUCCAGAGAUUUGCCCACGUGGCUGGCUUGAUGCAACUUGCUACACCGCGGGAUGCGUUUCUAUCCACCUUGGGGAAGGCUGCAGUACCUCCAAACAUCCUGAGCGCCUGCGUCAAUGCUGGCCAGUCGCGGUCUAGCACGGCUACUACUCCUACGGAGACUUCGAACAGCGUCUUCAGUAAUGCCCGUGGUCUCUUGAGCGUCGAGAACCUGACGCAAGUGUCUAGUCCUACGGAAAGGCAGCGGCAAGGGCCGUUAGACCCGUCGACAACCCUCAACACCCGAAAUCUCCUCUGCCUGCGAGCUCUGCUCAACCUCGGUAUCGCACUCGGGCCAACGCUUGGGCAUGCCUGGGGCAUCAUCCUAGAGACUUUGCAACAGGCGGACUUUGUGCUCUACGUUACGGGUAAAGCACCCGGGAGAGCUUCCUCCAUAAGUCGCGGCGGGCAGGACUAUCAAAACGAAUCAGAAGGCAACUCGCUCAUGGCCAACUUUGGCAGCGAAGUCCGCUCCGUCGAGACGGCCGCGGCCAGGUUAAUAGAAAGCAGUGUUGACUUUCCCAACGAGUCAUUUGUCGAAGUGGUUCAGGCAAUAUGCGGUUUGCUACCAGGCGAGGGCGAAGCCAAGUCCAAGUCUGAGAAUACAGAGGAGCCACGGCAGGCGCAGCACGUGAGAUCCUCAUCUGGACAACACCGGCGAGUGCUCAGCUUCUCUGGCCAGUCGACAAUAUCCAAUCAGGAACUUCAGUUUGCACUAGCCAAGCUGGGGGAGAUUGCCAUGAUCAACUUGGAACGGUUGUUGAGAUUUGAUCCGAAAGAGUCGGGCUGGGAGAUGGUGGUGCAGAAACUAAUCCAAAUGCUGGAUUGGGGUGUACUCAGUCCACCGGUCAGGACCAGAGCGUCAGAGAUCCUGGCUAAGCUGGUGCUUGAAGCAGCCAACGCUGCAGGCACACUUCCUGCCGAUAUCCGUGGGCCGAUUCAACUUCGUUUGCUAGGAAGCCUUCGCGAUUCGUUGAAGCCCUUGCAGAAGCGUGGCCGGGACAUUUCGGUUGCAAACGCGACGACCGACGUCGAGAUUCAUCGAAUCAUACUUGAUGGAUUGCGAGGCGUCAUUGAGGACUGCGGGCAGACCCUCGUCAGCGGCUGGGACGUCACGUUCGAUAUCAUUGGGAGCGUUUUCACGACAAGAGAACCUGAUCAGGCAGAUCGAGAAUCCGUCAUCAACGCUCGCAUCCUCGGUACACGAUCGUCGAAGCUUGUGCGAUCCUCUUUCAGCUCGCUUCAACUUAUCUGCUCAGAUUUCUUGGCAUCGCUGCCCAAUUCUUGUUUCUUAAUCUUGGUCGAUACCCUCUACAAGUUCUGCUCUCAAGACGACGAUCUCAACAUUGCAUUGACGACCCUGCUCCGAAUCUUUGAUGCCUAUGGCGAGAGGCUCAGUCCUGAAGCAUGGUCAAUAUGCAUCAAAUCCGUGGUCUUCAAGCUGCUCGCUUCGCUUGAAGAAGAGCUGCGAGGUACCCAAGACGAAGAAGUGGACGAAGGCGAUAGGACAGAGUGGCACGAUACCGCAGUUGUUGUGCUGAACGGCAUAUCCACACUGCUCGCAAACAACCUUGAAGUGCUUACGGCGCAUUCAUCUUUCAACGAGCUCUGGAACGAGCUGUUGGAACAUUUCGCCACCCUGCUCGAUUUCCAAAUUCUAGACAUCAACACGGCAACUUUCAAAACAUUGGGGCACGUGCUUUCUCAGUCCGGAAACGAGGAGAAGCCCAUCUUCAACGAAACAACAGUCAGGGCCGCCUGGGACCUGUGGUCUCGGGGCAUCCCAAUCACAAGGUCGCCCAGCGGGAAACCCCAAGACAACCAAACCUGCCUGAUUGCCUACGUGGCUGCCCUCCGUGAGGUCUACAGGCUGAUCAAACCUGAUUUGACUGUGGAGAGAGUGCAGCGGAUUCUCGGCUUAUUGCGUCACACCGUCGAGGAGGCAUCCGUGAGCAGCUAUGCCACCGAUAUUGAUAACCUGACGCAGCUCCAGGCACAGGUUCUGGAUGCCGUCAAGAUGAUUCGCACCGAUAUUAGCGGCGUUCCGUCGGCGUUGAUUAUUCAAGUGUCUGACUUUGUGACUUUGGCGUAUGACCAAGACUACGAGUCGCAGCCGCAGUCAAAGAGGACAUAUGUUGCCAUGUCGAAGGCCAGUAUGCAAAUGUUGGAGGGCCUCGUAGUCAGCCACUCAACUGAUCCGGAUAUCUACACGAGCGGCGCAGUCAGUGCAGCAUUAUCGGCUCUUCUCAGGCCUAUUGCUCUCAAAUAUCAAUUUCCCAUUACAACAAAGUCAUCCCAGCCCUGGAAACUGGCUACUUCGACAGCAUUAGCCAUCAUAGAGGCAACGUUAUCGAAACUCGACGAUCUUGAUAUUCCUACCGACACAAUCCAAGGCAUCUGGCAGCUGAUUGCCGACGUUGCAGAUGGUAUUCUGAGCGCGGAUUGCGGCAACCCACCACCUGGGACAAACAUUGCGGAGGAUGAAGCAGCAGACAUUGCAUGGUUCCACAAAUUGGUGGAAUUGAUUAUUCCAGGCAUCGGAUCGGACAGAGUGAAGGAGGAGACUCGGAGCGCAUAUACCAAGAGCCUAUUUAGAUGGUCCAUCAUCCACGAGCCCCCGCUGGCUGACAAGCUCGCCGUUGACGACGGAGGAGCUGGCUUGUCGGAAUUGUACCAGCCACGAGCUGGACUUACCGUGUCGGUGCCACCCACCCAGCGCACAAAGAUGGCCUAUGUCGCAUUCGAGGAGCUCUUCCUGCUUGUUUCCACUGAGGCGCCGGCUGCCCACAAGCCCUCCAACACCAAGCUCAAGGAGGACUACUCGGCUGCGAGAACACGCAUUGCGUGUACCGCGGCCCCGUUCCUGCUUUUGCGAUGCGCGUUGACGCUUCGCGCGUACGUGUCUGACCAGCCGCUCCGGGGCAAGAUGCCACAGCCCUUGAGCCAGAGGAAAGAACUGCUCUGGACGUUGCAGAAGCUGGUUGGCCUGCAGAGCCAGGGCGAGGCGAUACGGCCUCUGGAGGGGGCAGUGAGCGAAGGCAGGAAGCAUUUGCUCAGGUUGUAUCCCUUGAUUGUCAAGGCAUUAGGGGUGCAAGGCGACGAAAAGGUGCUAUCGCUUUUGAGAGACGCGUUGGACGUGGUAGGGGGCGAGUUUGGGAUUGCAUAG